CAGAUCGUCGCUAGAAAUUGCUUUCGAAUGAUCCACUCUUCAGAUUUUGUUGAAGUGAUAUCAGACACAAAAUUUACCAAAAAUUAUUGUCAAACCAAAACGAUGAUGAAGGAGCUAGUAGAAAGAAUGAAGCCAAUGCAUUCAGUGGGAAGGUUCAGAUCAAGCUAGGCAGAUUGAGAAACCUUUAGCGGAGAAAAGGAAUUGCUCCUAUGAGUAUCCACUUUAAUUUCACCUGAGUUGGCCUCUACAAAAGUCAAUGGUUUGUCAGUAGAGCAGCCUAUAGAAACAGAGAUGUCAUCUUCAUUGGAGAAUCAGUACAGAAACAUACCUAGCUUGGAAGACAAUAUGAACGACAAAAACAUAUUUAAACUCCAAGAAAAUAACUGCUGCACAAUGUAUGUAUCAGAAAAUUCAAAUGAUUUUGUAUACUCAAACACUUUAGCUAGUGACGCUGCUGGAAAAGCAGCCAAAUGCUACAGCGUUCAAGUGUAUUCCAAACCAACAAGUCUAAUCAGUAAUCAUAUAGACAACUGUUGCCUUACUGCUGAAAACUUAGUUUCUAGUCAGAUCACUGAAGAUGCCCAGGCAUCUGAACAUAGUAGCCUCAAUAAACUUCUGACUGAGAAUACACUGUCCAAUUACCAAGCAAAUAUUGACACAGGAAAUCAGCAUAACUUUGUAGAGGACGCCUCUCAGAUCUGUGACACUAACUUUGAACUUUAUCCAGGUAAAACUCUAAUCUCAGCUGAUGAGUUUUCUGAUGAUGACCUUGAGUAUCUGGAAUGUUCUGAUGUGAUGACAGAUCUUGCAAAUGAAAUAUGGGAAAAGAAAUUAAAAUUUUUAUUAGAAAGUGAUGAGGAGGAAGAUAUAAAGCUGAGUGAGGAUUGUGAUGGGUGUGAUUAUUUCCUCAGUGGAAUGCCUUGCCGGUUUCAAGUGUCAGAUAACACUAUGCCUAUGGAUACCACCAUUGGCUUCUGUGGUCAUCACUCAAAAUCCAAAGAAGUAGCUGUAAGGAGAGAUCUCUCCACAUACAGUCAGUCAACCUUGCAAACAGGGAUGACUCUUACUGUUGGGCACCACCAAGAUAAAACUACCACAAUGAAAGACAAGGAGAAGUGCAAAUUGCCCGUCGCUUCUACGGCGAUUGAAAAUGAUUAUCCUAGAAUUGAAGAAAACAAUACAAAUAACCACUCAGCGGAAGAUUUCUCUAUUGACAAAUCACAGAACAUGGAUGUCGUACUUGCAGAAGUGGAGUCCUCCUCUUGUGGCUUAGAUAGUUCUCUGACAAAUCAAGCCUCGGAGACCAUGGUAGCAAAUAGUAUGGGCAAAGACCUGUCAAAUAAGAGUUCACAGCAAUUAAAUGGGAUAAGGAGAAAACUGGCAGAAGAAAAAUCUAAGGAUGCUGUAAUCAAUUUGACAGAGAGGCUGAGAAAAGACCUUUUAAAUCUAUUAGACCCCAAAGAACUUAGCAAACCAUUAAGACACACAGGAGAAUCUGUUCAAACUGGAACAAAUGUUACAGAUACUAGUGCACUGUUUCAUAAUCCAGGAGGUGCCAUUUCAAAACAAAAGCACCAGGUGACAGAAAGCUUUCUAAUCCAGGCUGGCUUAUGUCAUAGACAAGAGACAGAUAAAACCAGUCAUUGGGAAAGGAAAUGGACUAGUGGCCUGUCUGACAAAAAUCAGCUGCCAAAUGAAAGUGUCUCACCCAAGGUACAGGAACAAGAAACAAACACAGAAAGCUUUAUGCAAAGAUAUAAGAAACAGUGUAUGGACCCUAAAAUAGACGAGAGUUUCAUUUUCACGACUUCUCCAGUAAGGGACAUUGCAACAACCAGCCUUCCAGCGUUGAAUAUGAUCAGCAGUGAAAAUGGAUUACAAACAGGAUAUCUGACUUUACAAAGCUGUAUUGCUCACGAUGUACCCCAUGAUCAGAGAGAUAGCGAUCAGCAACAACCAGGCGGGGAACAAAGAGUUAAUAUUACAAAGCUAAGUGAUGGCCAAGGGGACAGAGGAAAAACAUGUGGUGCUCUUGAGAACAGUGAUACAGAUACCUUCUAUGAUGAACCAUGUAAUGAAUAUCUGCCCAAAGCAAAUUGCUGUGCAAUUCUGGGAUCUGUGGAACCUCAGUGUAGAGAUUCUGAUUCAUCUUCAGCACAUGACAAGCUAUUGAAACCUCUUUAUGAAGAAGAUUCAGACUGUCACCUCAGAUGUGAAAAUAGGAAGCUUGAGAGCUUAGAAAUCAGUCCUGCAGUUGUCAAAGCCACAGCAGUGAAGUUUAUCGGAGAGGCCAGUACUGAACCUCCUGUUGCAGUAAAUAUAACAGAAGAUAAUGAACCUGUCACAGCACUGGCAACUGGACUAAGAACAGCAAUGGAGGGUUGCAGUGAUUCUGAUAGCCUACUAAAAACAGACGAAGAGUGUAGCAGUACAUCCAUAAGAAACACUUCUCUCAGACAAACUGCAGAAACCGAUGGUAUGGGCCUGUGUUCUAGUACUGGAAAUAAAAUAGAAGAACCAGCCACUCAUGCUUUAACAAAUGAUAUCUUAAAUGCCAAGGAGUGGCUGGAGCAGAAGCCAAACAAAGCAUUAACUGAUGAUAAUGGAUCUAUUCGAAUGACUGCUGCCCAGGAAGGAAAGCUUGCCUCUAAUAAUUCUUUCCAAUCUCAUGAUGCAGAAUCUCCUCCCAGAUUAAUAAAGGCUCAAAGUAGUCAUUUAGAACAAGACCAAGAACACCUAAUUUACACACCAGAUAGUUACAUUGGUCAAUUACCUUAUACAGAUCAGAAUAUACAUUUAACAAAUGAUCAGAUAAUUAAAUGUAUAGAUGAACUAUCUACUAAAGACUCUCCUGUUAUACAGAGCUACCCAGAAAUAAAAGAUUGUGUUUAUCUCCCUGAUCUUGUACAAAAAGAGGAUUUAUCCAGUAAUUCCUCCUGUGAAAAUAUCAAUCAAUUUACAGGUGAAAAGAACUCUUCUGUUAAAGAAGUGAAUAAAAGUUCUGAAGAGAAUUUUCAGGAAAAAGGAAAUGAAUCAGACCUGAAUGCACAAAAUGACAGUAACUGUGGCACUUACCAUCUUUCAAGAGAUAAUGACAGUGAAGAUUUCCAAAGUGUUUCUGAUUCACAGGACUGUAGUUACAUUAUACAGCUACAUAAUUUAAUUAGGAGUCCGGAAACUGUAACGUAUCAGGACAGACUGAAAAAUCCAGAUCAAGACAACAGUAAGACAGAGAUAGGUGUGCAGCAGGUGGUCUUCAAGGCAUUGUCUGAGGAGCAGUUUUUAACUGAAAUUUUAUUAGAAAAACCAAAAGAUGAAGAAAACAAAAUGGGUAGAGAAAAGAGAGAUCUUGGAAUAGAUGAGGUAAAAAAUAUUGCAACUUUAGGUUUCCCAGGAUUGGACAGCAUUUCAGAAAUUCAGCCUUUAGAUUCUCAGCAGGGAGCAUCAGAAGGAAAUGCAAUUAUCUUUGACCAUUGUUGCAAGAUUGGGAGAAAGUUAAGAAUGGACUCUUCAACAGAUUCCACUUAUGACUCUGGGCGGGUGGCACCAGUUAGCUUCUUUCAGCCUAUAACACAUGUUGGGAAUGAAAAUAAUAGUACUGCAAGUCAAGACUGUAAAGAUGUUGGUGACAAGGUGGAUAGUUCCAUCCUUUCCACCCAACAUACGAACUUACAAGAAACUUUAUCUGUCUCUGUAGAACCUAUGAGCCAAACAGAAGGCUCCACUGUCAACACACUGGUAAAAGGAUACUCCAGUGUAGAAAGCCUAGUGCAGUCUGAAUCCACACAAAUAGUACUUAAGGGGAAUGAACAUUUGAACAAGUUGGAAACUACACCUGAACUAUUGCAGUGUCAAUGCCAUAAAACAGCUGAAGAAAACAAGGAAACAAUCUUGUGUGAAAAGAAAACAGAACAAAUUCAAGAAGCCACUGAAUAUAGUCUAGGUGAAGGUGAAGUAGAGCCUUAUAUGCGUGCUUUGAUUACUCCAGAGGAAGAGGAACAUAUUACAAGUUAUUGUACUGGACAGUCCGAUCCAUCCCGGACUCCUUCCGCUCAGCAAAUUGAAACACCCUGUAAUACAUACAGGAGUGGAAAUACAACUAACUCUACUGAAUAUCAUAAAACCAGGCAAUUCAUGGCUGGCAGGAGUCAAAACAUGAUUUCAUCAGACCGUGUAACAGGGGUUUUAGUUAGGCUCCCAACAUAUGCCUCAGAGUACAGUCGUUUUCAGGAGGAGGUGCCACAGAGCAAAUCUCAGCCAUGCUCUUUAGCAUUGACCACAGCUGAUCCAGUCACACUAAGAGAAGAGAAGACAAAAACUCAAAAGGGGUCAAAGCCCUGCAAGCACUUACUUGUUGGGCCUGAGGACGUUAAGUGUCAGCAAGAAACAGCAAACAGUGGACAUUCAGCUGAUGGGGGUAAGAAGAAAAUGUUGUCAAAGGUGCUGUCUAAGAAACCCCGACUAGAAGCAAAGGAAAACCUCAGCAAGAACUCCAGUUGCUUUAAAAAGGCCCUGAAAGCUAAUGCAGGCAUAAUUCAGAGGAAAGAGAAGGAAGAGCAAAGAAAACUACCUGCUAAAAAAAACAGCAAAGCCCCCAAGUUACUGAAGAAAAUCCAUGCUGAGCUGUUCCCUGAUUGUUCUGGAAAUAUUAAAUUAUGCUGUCAGUUCGGGGAAAUUCAUGAAGACUCCAUCGUUACCUGGAUUAAAGAUUCAAAGUUACUAGCUCGAGUGAAUCGAAGUGCGGGGGAUGAUUCGCCAGUGUCUUUGGCAAUAGUUCAAACUAGCAUAAAAGACCAGGGAUUGUAUUAUUGCUGCUUGAAGAAUGUUUAUGGAAAGGUGACUGCUGAAUUUAACCUGAACUCUGAAGUAUUGAAACAUCUUUCAAGUUAUCAGGAUAUUGAAGGUUUGGAAGAGAUUGAAUUCAUUCAGCUCAUGUUCAGAGAAGACUUCAUCAGUGAUAGCUAUUUUGGUGGCAACCUGCAUGGAAGAAUUGCAACGGAAGAGUUACACUUUGGUGAAGGGGUGCACCGGAAAGCAUUUCGAAGUAAAGUGAUGCAAGGCCUAGUGCCUAUAUUCAGCCCCGGUCAUCCCUGUGUUCUUAAAGUGCACACUGCUAUUUCAUACGGGACCAAAACCAAAGAUGAACUUGUUCAGAAGAACUACAAACUGGCAAUGCAGGAAUGCUAUGUUCAAAAUACCGCAAGAGAGUAUGCCAAGAUAUACGCAGCAGAAGCAGAAUCUUUGGAAGGCUUUGGAGAAGUGCCAGAGAUCAUUCCUAUUUUCCUUGUUCAUCGUCCUGAGAAUAAUGUCCCUUAUGCAACCGUGGAAGAGGAACUGAUUGGAGAAUUUGUGAAAUAUUCUGUCCGGGAUGGCAAGGAAAUAAAUUUCAUGAGAAAAGACUCAGAAGCUGGUCAGAAGUGUUGCACCUUUCAGCACUGGCUGUAUGAGAAAACCAAUGGAAAUUUGCUUGUUACAGAUUUUCAAGGUGUAGGAAUGAAGUUAACCGACGUUGGCAUAGCAACAUUGGCCAAAGGAUACAAAGGGUUUAAAGGCAACUGCGCCAUUUCCUUCAUUGAUCAGUUUAAAGCCCUCCACCAGUGCAAUAAGUACUGCGAGAUGUUGGGGUUGAAAUCCCUCCCAGGCGGUCAUCAAAAACAAAGGAAACCAACAGCCAUGAAAAGCAAAGUCCCUCCAAACUCACCGAAUGUACAGAAAAGAGUGGCCAGCACACAGGCAACCAAGACAACAUAGACCUCCUGUCUUCAAAGCAUCCAGUAACAUUGCACAAGCUCCUCUCUAGAAACGCACAGGUACCGAAGGACAUGACUGCGGAGUUAGACUGAGCCUUCUGCAUUAUACCACCAUUUUGAAGCUGUUCUUUGAUAACAGCAACCAGGAAACCAGCUGCAUAGGUGGCCUAGCAGACUGCAAUUCAAAAACAAUGGAAAGUUUUCAAAGCCAAACAAAGCUAUCUGCCUCGAUUAACUUUCAAGUAUUUUUACAUCCGUCACGUCAGUGUAUAUUUGUGUAUUUGCACACUCUGUGUCUUGGUCUUUGUGCAGGAGAUGGAUCACUGGAGCAUUUCUGUCCUCCAUUCAGCAACUCCCAGAUCUCUACGCCAGCGAUACUGUAGCAUUCAGCAGCUAUGUAAAAAUAAAACUACUUAAGCCACCACUUAAUAAAGGUUUUGGACUAGAGCUCGAUACUGGCACUGGGGUCAAGGAUGUAUGAGAAUAAUUGCUUUAUUUCCUAACUCUUUACACAAUUUUAAUCCUUACUAUACUCCUAUUCCUUGUACUUUUGCCAAUUAAAUUCCUUUUAAAACAAGCAUAAGCCACAUGGGUAUUUGGAUCAUUAAACACACCUGUUCUCUGAACAAGCUCAGGGAUUUAGCUGCCAACUAUGUAGCUUUCCUCGUAAAGUUCGGUCACCCAGUUGGAAAAAUCCUAAAACUGAGCAUCACCUGGGAGUUUCUUAUCCACAGAAUUUGUUUUGUCCCUGAGGCCCUGAUCCUGCGAUUGGAUCCAUCUUGCUCCCACCCAGAUCCUGCUGCAGGAUUGGGGCCUGAGGGCCCAAGCUGCAGGGUGCUGAACACAACUCAUACUGAAGUCAUUGGGAGUUAAGGAUAUUCAGCACCUUGCAGGACUGAGACCUAAUUGACAACGUGUGAUGCAGUGCACACCCCACACAAGGCCUGGAGGGGUUCAAGAGCUAGGCCAGCCAAUUAACUGCCCAGGCUGCACCUGAAGGAGACAGGGAGCAGGAAAUGGGCUCAGCUGAGCAGGAAGAGGAGGGGCCUGUAUAAAGCCCGGGAGCAGUGAGUAGCAAGAGGCUGCAGUCACUCCCUGGGAGAAGGGAGCUUGGGCUGACAAACCUGUGGUGGGAGCCAAAUAGGUAGGAAGACAACAGCAAGGAGCAGAACUGUACAGACUUUGGCUGCUUGAUAGAGAGUCCCUGGGCUGGGUGUAGUGGGUGGGCCUGGGUUCCCCUACCAGUCAUUGGGAAGUGGUGCAGGGUGUUGGAGAUGCAGGUAGACAGCUGGUCUAGAAGCACUUUGAAUUCCCCAGAAGGGGAGAACUUUAAUGACCUGGCCGGAGGGCCAAGUCAUCAACAGGAAGCUAUAACUCCUGGAGUGAGUGGGGCCAUAGGGUGAAAGAGAUGACGGGUAGAGACACGGCCAGAGGACGGCAAUGCCUAGCAAGAGCUAAUCCCCAGAGCCACCAGGAGGCGGCACCACAUGCGGUGAGUAGACCCCGUGACAACAAAGGUACAAUAGUUUUUGUCUUCACAGGGACAGUCUGAGUUUCUGAAGGAAUAGCUUAGAGUCAAGUGUGCCUAAUGCAAGGGGGAGCCACCAUAACAGUCCACAUUGACCCAGAAUUCCCAGACAAUAGUAACUGAGAUACUUACAACAGGAAAUUAUUGUGGUGACCUCGAUUCUCCACUAUGUAUGAGCGGUGCAGCAUAUUGUGAAGACUGACUACCAUAGGAAUCCAGGUGUGGUUCCUUGAAUCUCAACCACCCACGGGGCCUGCUCCAACUCCUGCCACUGGCAUAAGGGCCAUAUCUUAUCGGUGAAAGACCAGGCGUAGAGGAGCUGUGCUCCACCAUACACCCUUGUAUCCAUACCUACCCCCAGACUGCCCCUGAUAUGCCCCCUUCCUCUCUUUAUGCGGGGAGAGGAGGAGCUAGAAGUGAGUUUCUGCCCACUUUCCACCAGAAAAAAGUGCCCCUACCCAAGGGGAAUUCUCCACCAGCUACUUAUAUGGUGCAAAGUGAUCUAAACAGGCUGAAGAAUCUGGCUCUGUAUAUCAAAUACCACUUUCCCAGGUGCUAAGAUACCACAGUGAUUGGAGCAGGGUAAGAACCUGAACAGAACAGACUAGAAGGGGAAGAUUACAGGCCAGAUUGAUGUCAUGUACAUUUAAAAAGAUCACAGAGGAUUUUUUAAACUAAGGAAUGGGGGAAAGCUGACAGGCACUGGGUUUGAACAGAGACAUCCCUUAGAUGAGGAUUUAUUAAUGGGGAUUCUCAAUAUUUCUAGUAAAGAGAAGAGGCUAGAAGUUGAUAAAGUCCAAGCAGGAAAUGAAGAGAAACAGUCAAACAAAAGAGUCCCAGUUAAUUACAUCAGGUGAAGGCAGACAAAAUUUGUCAAUAUUUAGUUAAAAGUGUUUGUAUACAAAUACUAGAAAUCUAAAUAUCAAGAUGGAUGGAUUUGAGUGCCUGGUGUUAAAUAAGGAUGUUGAUAUAAUAGGUAUCACAGAAACUUGCUGGAACAACAAUCAUCAAUGGGAUAUGGUAAUACCAGGAUACAAAAUAUGUAGGAAUGACAAAGUUGGUUACGCUGGGGGAGGGAGUGGCACUAUAUGUGAAAGAAAGCAUAGAAUCGAAUAUAGUAAACAUUUUACAUGAACCAAACACUGCCAUAGAAUCUCUAUGGAUAGAAAUUCCAUGCUUGAAUAGUAAGACCAUAGCAGUAGGAAUAUGUUACCGACCACUUGGCCUGGCUGGUGAUGGUGAUUGUGAAAUGUUCAGGGAGAUUAGAGAGGCUACAAAAAAACAGAAAACCCACUGGGAUUUCAACUCUCCCCCAUAUUGACUGGGUAUAUGUCACCUCAGAAUGGGAUGCAGAGAUAAAAUUUCUAGACACAUGAAAUGAUUGUUUCCUGGAACAGCUAGCCCUGGAACCCACAAAAGGAGAGGCAAGUCUUGGAGUACAAGAUCUGGUCCAAGAGGUGAAUAUAGUUGGACCGCUUGGUAAAAUAGCAACCAGGAGUGACAGAAGCUCCAUAAAAGUAGCCUCUUCCCCUGAGGCCCUGCCUCUGUGCCGCCUCUUCCCUCCCAAGACCACUUUUAAAAGUGAUGCUGCCAUGCCACCCCUCCUUUCCAGCAACCCUCAGAGCUGUCUGUUACAGCUGUCCCCCUGCUGUUCUGUUUUUGUGCUGGGUGGCCGCCACCCCCCCCCCCGGCUCUCGGUGUAGGGUGCUCUGCCCAGGUA